UGCCGGCAGGGGAAAAUCCAGCCACACGUGAGGACGCGCGAUACAUUUUCAUUUCGGGAGGUUUCAUUGAAAGAAAACUUAACUCCUAAAUCGGGUUUAAAAACCUGUUGCGGAGGGGCAGAUACGGAGCAGUAGAAGUCAGUGGAGCUUUUGAUUUAUUUAUUCAUUCAUCUAUUUUCUUCUGUUUCGAGCGCCAGGCUGUUCUCCACCGGCUGUCACGGGGGGAGUGAGAGCCGUCCAUCGGCGUCAACGACGAGAAUCGAAGGCGACGCGUUUUUUUUUAAUAUAUUUCAACAAAAAUAGAAAAAAAAUAAAUCAGUCAGUGGGAAUAAACGAUCACAGCAAAUCGGGAGCAUCGCGUUGAACGCGUUUUGCUGUUUAAAAAAAAAAAGAGUUUUCCAAGAAAUGUCGGGCGCAGAUGCAUUUCGCGUCAUGAAGGAGUGAAGGGGGUGUCGUGAGGCGCACAAGUGAGUGGCUGAGUGUACAUAUAUCCCGAAGAAGAGUUUGGCUCCGCGUUAACGGAUCAGUCGAAAUUUCCCAGAGACAGAUGACAUCGGAAAGGAGCCGGAGGUGAUUGACGCAAACAUGGCUGAGCCGCUGGGCACGGGCCGCUGGCAGGAGGUGCCCGAAGCCUCCGUAUGAUCGUCUCGGCCGGCGAACCGAUCCCCGGGCGUCGCUAUCCUCGGCUUACCGCGAUGCCGAGAAACAGAGAGAGAUUCAACCCGGACUCGUCCGUCCACAUCGCCAAGAUGAGCGUGAUCAUCCCCUUCACACCAGAUGUGCUCUGUGACAGCAACGGCCAGCGGAUGUGGUGGGCAUUUCUCGCCUCGUCCAUGGUCACUUUCUUCGGGGGUCUCUUUAUAAUUCUUCUGUGGAGAACUCUGAAGUACCUGUGGACCGUGUGCUGCCACUGUAACGGCAAAAAAAAGGAUGUCCAUCGAGUCACCACAGGCGAGGGCAUCAAGCGUGUUGACAAGGAGGACGGGGCAGCCAGCGAAGUGGGGUGGAUGACCUCAGUCAAAGACUGGGCCGGGGUCAUGAUAUCUGCUCAGACGCUGACGGGCAGAGUCCUGGUGGUGCUCGUAUUCGCCCUCAGCAUCGGAGCCCUUGUAAUAUACUUCAUAGAUUCCUCCGAUGCUAUCGAGUCCUGUCCGAACUUCUACAAAGACUUCACUCUGCAAAUUGACAUGGCCUUCAACGUGUUCUUCCUAUUGUACUUCGGCCUACGCUUUAUUGCUGCCAAUGACAAGCUGUGGUUCUGGCUCGAGGUGAACUCAGUGGUGGACUUCUUCACGGUCCCCCCAGUAUUUGUGUCGGUGUAUCUGAACAGGAGUUGGCUCGGCUUGAGGUUUUUAAGGGCCUUAAGGUUGAUACAGUUCUCAGAAAUUUUACAGUUUUUGAAUAUAUUAAAAACAAGCAACUCAAUAAAGCUGGUGAACCUAUGUUCAAUCUUCAUAAGCACAUGGCUUACGGCAGCGGGCUUCAUACAUUUGGUGGAAAACUCAGGGGACCCAUGGGAAAACUUCCAAAAUUCCCAAGCACUUUCCUACUGGGAAUGUGUCUACUUACUCAUGGUCACUAUGUCCACUGUGGGCUAUGGAGAUGUUUAUGCAAAAACCACCCUGGGCCGCCUUUUCAUGGUCUUCUUCAUCCUUGGUGGUUUGGCCAUGUUUGCGAGCUACGUCCCUGAAAUCAUAGAGUUAAUAGGAAACCGCAAGAAAUAUGGUGGUUCCUAUAGUGCGGUUAAUGGGAGAAAGCACAUCGUCGUCUGCGGCCACAUAACACUCGAGAGUGUGUCCAACUUUCUAAAAGACUUCCUACACAAGGACAGGGAUGAUGUCAAUGUAGAAAUUGUUUUUCUCCAUAAUAUUUCCCCUAAUCUUGAGCUGGAAGCCUUGUUUAAGCGCCACUUCACACAGGUGGAGUUCUACCAAGGAUCUGUCCUGAACCCGCACGAUCUGGCCAGAGUCAAGAUUGAAUCAGCAGACGCCUGUUUGAUCUUAGCAAAUAAGUACUGCGCAGACCCCGAUGCCGAGGACGCGUCCAACAUCAUGAGGGUCAUUUCCAUCAAGAACUACCAUCCGAAAAUCAGAAUAAUCACCCAGAUGUUGCAGUACCACAACAAGGCCCACCUCUUGAACAUCCCAAGCUGGAACUGGAAGGAGGGGGACGACGCCAUUUGCCUUGCUGAGCUGAAGCUGGGGUUUAUCGCCCAGAGCUGCCUGGCUCAGGGCCUCUCUACUAUGUUGGCCAACCUGUUCUCCAUGAGGUCCUUCAUCAAGAUUGAGGAGGACACAUGGCAGAAGUAUUACCUGGAGGGAGUAGCCAAUGAAAUGUACACCGAGUACCUGUCUAGUGCCUUUGUGGGCUUGUCUUUCCCUGUCAUUUGCGAACUGUGCUACGUGAAGCUAAAACUACUACUUAUAGCCAUCGAGUACAAGUCUGACCAAAGGGAAAGCAGUACCCUCAUAAACCCGGGGAACCAUGUGAAAAUGGAAGAAGGUACCUUGGGCUUCUUCAUAGCCAGUGAUGCCAAAGAAGUAAAGAGGGCAUUAUUUUACUGUAAAGCCUGCCACGAUGACAUAACAGAUCCCAAAAGGAUAAAGAAAUGUGGAUGCAAGAAAUCUAAAAAUAGCUAUAAUGGAUAUAUCAAAUCAAUCGAAGAGGAGCCGCCGUCAGCGCUCUCGCCCAAAAAAAAGCAGCGCAACGGAGGCAUGCGGAACUCUCCAAACUCCUCGCCCAAGAUUAUGAGGCAUGACCCCCUAUUUGUCCCGGGGAACGAACAGAUUGAGAGCAUGGACAUGAACGUUAAGAAAUACGACUCCACGGGGAUGUUUCACUGGUGCCCGUCCAAAGACAUCGAGAAGGUCAUUUUGACACGGAGCGAGGCAGCCAUGACAGUCCUCAGCGGCCAUGUCGUUGUCUGUAUAUUCGGCGAUGUGAAAUCAGCCCUGAUCGGCCUCCGAAACCUCGUCAUGCCACUGAGGGCUAGCAACUUCCACUACCAUGAGCUAAAGCCCAUCGUGUUUGUAGGCUCCCUUGAGUACCUGAAGAGAGAGUGGGAGACUCUUCACAAUUUCCCAAAGGUCUCCAUUCUUCCUGGCACUCCAUUGAGUCGGGCAGAUCUGAGGGCUGUCAACAUCAACCUCUGCGACAUGUGUGUCAUCCUGUCAGCCAAUCAGAACAAUAUUGACGAUGCGUCACUGCAGGACAAAGAAUGCAUCUUGGCGUCACUCAACAUCAAAUCCAUGCUGUUUGACGACAGCAUCGGGGUCUUGCAGGCUAAUUCCCAAGGCUUCACGCCACCGGGGAUGGACAGAUCAUCUCCAGAGAACAGCCCGGUCCAUGGAGUAGUAAGGCAAAGUUCAGUCACAACCGGAGCAAAUAUUCCCAUUAUUACAGAGCUAGUGAAUGACUCCAAUGUUCAGUUUCUGGAUCAAGAUGAUGACGACGACCCAGACACAGAGCUAUACCUCACACAGCCGUUUGCCUGUGGGACAGCCUUCGCAGUUAGUGUGCUGGAUUCCUUAAUGAGCGCUACAUAUUUCAAUGAUAAUAUCCUCACUCUGAUCCGGACACUGGUAACAGGCGGGGCCACGCCGGAGCUGGAGGGGCUCCUGGCGGAGGAGAAUGCAUUACGGGGAGGCUACAGCACGCCACAGACGCUGGCAAACAGGGACAGGUGUCGAGUCGCACAGCUGGCCCUGUACGACGGGCCCUUUGCCGACUUGGGGGAUGGCGGAUGUUACGGUGACCUGUUUUGCAAAGCGUUGAAAACAUAUAACAUGCUGUGCUUCGGAAUCUAUCGAUUACGAGACGCACAUCUAAACACACAAAGCCAGUGUACCAAACGGUAUGUCAUCACGAAUCCACCGUACGCGUUUGAGCUGGUGCCCUCAGACCUAAUAUUCUGCCUGAUGCAGUUCGACCAUAAUGCUGGUCAGUCUCGAACCAGCCUGUCCCACUCCACUCACUCAUCCCAUUCCUCCAGCAAAAAAAGCUCCUCCAUCCACUCCAUCCCAACUACAAACCGCACCAACCGCGCCAAAAGCAGGGACUCGCGGGACAAACAAAAUGCAACAAGGAUGAAUAGAGUGGGCCGAGAAAAGACAGGGUUUACAGAUGAGCCCGAGAAUACUCGCCCGAGGAGAACACACACCAAGGCUGUGAAUACUCUCUCCACCAACCAAGUCAAUCAGUGUAAAUCCACAAGCAACCUGAUACCACCCAUCAGAGAAGUAGAAGAUGAGUGCUGAACUCCUGACCCGCGCCGACACUCGGACUCUCAGGAGACUUGCAUUGUGGGUAUUUAAAGGGGAAUUCAACACAUUAUGAUCAAAAACCAACAUUCGGAGGGAAAUAAGUACCCCAAAAAAGGAUGAUACAAUCCAUUUCCCACAUUGACCCAUGAAGUUACUUAAUGUGUGAGUAUAUUUUAGUGUCAUGGGUAAAUUCUACACGAAGACAAUCAUUGCCACAUUCAACAAUCACUAAACAGUUGGUCAGCACAGCUAAACAUAACUGGACACCGGACUCAUGUUUUUUUCCUAUUAGUGGGGAAUGAUCACUUUAUGGGGAAGAGUUAUACAAUUGGCAAUCCAUUUAAUUAAACUUAUUAAGAUUAUUUGAGCAUGGAUUCAACUGAAUAUGUCCGCUCCUCAGCUGUUGCAGACCAACUACUGCUUACGUUUAACCCGGUGUCUGGGAGAUGUUCUGUACAGUAUGUGAACUUGUGCACAGCAUUUGACAUGCAGCUUCAGCACCGACCUAAAGGCAUUGUUACCAGCUGACUUUCAGUGAUUCCUGUGUCAUUUUGAGCUAUUUCACAACAUUCGUGACAGUCUAGAUGCCCGGUGUACUUGCAGAAAUGGUAUUUGACCCUCACCUUACCGCUGCCCAUUUAUCAUCUCAACGUUGCUUUGUGAUAUUAGGAUUGAUAUAUCAAAUUUUCUUUUAAUCGCUCUUUGGCUGAAAUAUCCGAAACCCCGGAAAGCUAGUUUGAAACUACAUUAAUACAAAGCUUUUUUUUCUCCAAGAUCUGCAAAGUUUCUCACAGAGAAAAUACUUAAACGUGACUGUAAAUCUGAACUUGCUGUUGUCUUGUCAGUAGCCAACCAUGAUGGAGCUGUUUUGAAGGAGAUUUUAUAAUGCUGCAAAAACAGUUUGAUUCAUCAACAGAGGUGCAGAUAAUCUACAUAGACACCGCAGAAAGCCAAGUGCUGAGAUGUACCCUCUUGCCAUGUAGUAAUUCUAGGCGAAGUGAAUCAACUUGAAAGCCACGAAUCGCAUGAAGUGGGCAUUUAUGAGUCCUCCUUUGGCUGAAAGCACUGCCUGCCACGGGAUUGUCUCGAGGGCAAUUUGAUGUUUCUGUGUGCACCAUGACCAAUCCCGAUACCAUAAUCAGAAAUGUUCAUGCUUUUUUUUUUUUUUUGCACACGCUCCAAAAACAGCUCAAUCAUAAAUGGUGCUCCUGGCUAUGUAUCUAUGUGUCCUGCCAACCCUCAUUACUUUAAUACCCCUUAAAAGCAAAAUAAAAAAGACAUGGCAACAGUUUCUUUAUGCAAAUCAUCUUGAGGAUCAAUCACAAUCAGACAUCUUAAUUCGACUGAUAACGUGUCUAUCUGUAGAAGAACUGAUAAUGUACGUUUAGGUUUCAAUUAAUCAGAAGACAAAAGUCGGCCAAGAACAUUUGUCAGUCAUGUCUCAUUAAAACAGCUGAAGUGCUUUUGACCCUCUUGUCAUGUAACUUCAGAAGCAACAAAGGAGAUGUUGGGAAGGAGUGAGCAAAAUACACAUUUAUGGGGCGUCCGGGUAGCGUAGCGGUCUAUUCCGUUGCCUACCAACACGGGGGUCUCGGGUCUGAAUCCCCGUGUUGCCUCCGGCUUGGUCGGGCGUCCCUACAGACACAAUUAACCGUGUCUGCGGGUGGGAAGCCGGAUGUGGGUAUGUGUCCUGGUCACUGCACAAGCGCCUCCUCUGGCCGGUCAGGGUGCUGGGGGGAAUAGUGUGAUCCUCCCACGCACUACGUCCCCCUGGCGAAACUCCUCACUGUCAGGUGAAAAGAAGCGGCUGGUGACUCCACAUGCAUCGGAGGAGGCAUGUGGUAGUCUGCAGCCCUCCCCGGAUCGGCAAGAGGGUGGAGCAGCGACCAGGAUGGCUCGGAAGAGUGGGGUAAUUGGCUGGAUACAAUUGGGGGGAAACCCCCCCCCCCCAAAAAAAAGAAAAUACACACUUGCAUCUGUAGAACAAGCUUCAUGUUACAGACUGUGACCCACCUGCUUGAAGAAAGGAGGUUGUUGCAUCCCUCAGUGCGAGUAGUGUACCAGGCAGCGCUGAAGCCAAAGGGGGGCUCCAGAAGACCCACCACUGCGAAAAGAGGCUUGUAGUCAUUCAGUUUGAAUGUUAUUGUGUUGAGACUCAGAAAUACGCUCACCUCUUUAUUUUCCAUCUCGCCAGUUAGGAGUUGAAGUAAAAAAUUAAAAAAUUAAAAAAAAGACUUGAGUUUCUCGAUCAGCUGUUGAAGCAUCAGCGGUAAAGCCCUCAGGCUGUAGUACGUUUGUCUGAACCAAAGUCUUAAGACAGUUUUCAAUUAUGGUUGAUAAAUGAUUGCAGAGUCUAAUAGCAGUUCUUGCUUAUAUUAUUCAUGUACUCUCUCUGUAAAGCUGUAUGUAAGCUAUUUCUCUCUAGUGAAUACUACUCGCUUGACAGAUCGCAUCUGUGGGCUCGAAAAGGUGUGGGAUCACUAUCGUAUUAUUUUGUGCAUUUCUUUUUAGCACACUGACCUGUGGAUACAACAAGAGUGCUAAGUUAAGAUUUCUGACUGUCAUCAUUAUAUAUACAGUAUGCUGUCUUGUACAAAUAGGCCUGUAAAUAACAUGUACAUUAUUUCAUUUUGUAUUUUCACUAAUU